AAAAAAAGAAAUACUUCAUAUUGUUCCUCCUCUGCCUUCUUAUCUCUUCAUUCCUUCUUCUUCUUUCUUCUUCUCUGUCAAGCUAGAUCUUAAACUAGGAGCUCAAGCUUACCAAUCUUCUAUAUCGGUAUCUGUUCUUCACUCAGAAAGUUCCAAUUGAGUGAACUAAUAGAGAUGAGAUCAAGAGAAUGCGAUGAAGAAGACAUUCAAGCAAAGCAAGAAGAAGAUAAUCAUCAAGUAAACUUAAACAACAUGUUGCAGCAGCAGCACCAGCAGCAGAAUCAGCCGAGUUCGGUAUCAUCUUCGAGGCAAUGGACCUCAGCUUUCAGGAAUCCAAGAAUCGUCCGAGUGUCAAGAACAUUCGGUGGCAAAGACAGACACAGCAAAGUCUGCACAGUCCGUGGCCUUAGAGACCGGAGGAUAAGGUUGUCUGUACCAACAGCGAUUCAGCUUUACGACCUUCAAGAUCGGUUAGGGCUGAGUCAGCCAAGCAAAGUCAUCGAUUGGUUACUAGAAGCAGCAAAAGAUGACGUAGACAAGCUUCCUCCUUUACAAUUCCCACAUGGUUUUAACCAAAUGUAUCCAAAUCUUAUCUUUGGAAACUCGGGGAUCGGAGAAUCAUCAUCAUCAACAGCAUUUCCAGGUACCAAUCUUGGUUUCUUGGAUAGUUGGGAUCUUGGUGGCUCUUCUUCAAGAACAAGACCAAGAAUAGCCGAUACCACAACUACACAAAGAGAGAGUUUCGAUCUUGAUAAAGGAAAAUGGAUCAAACACGAUGAUCACAACAGCAAUCAAGAUCACGGGUUCGACACCAACCAUCAACAUUUCUCUCUGACCAAUCCUUACAACAACAACAACAACAACAACACUUCCUCUUAUUACAACCUCGGACAUCUUCAACACUCGUUAGACCAAUCCGGUAAUAACGUUACUGUCGCAAUAUCCAAUGUUCAUAAUAAUAAUAAUCUCAAUUUGCCUCCUCCUUCUUCGUCUGCCGGAGACGGAUCUCAGCUAUUUUUCGGUCCUACUCCUCCGGCAAUGAGCUCUCUAUUUCCGACGUAUCCUUCCUUCCUCGGAGCUUCCCAUCAUCAUCAUCAUCAUCAUCAUCAUGUCGUUGAUGGAGCUGGCAAUCUUCAGCUCUUUAGCUCCAAUGCCAAUACGGCGUCGCAGCAACAGAUGAUGACGGGUAAUUCGAGUUUGAUUAGACCGUUUCAUCAUUUGAUGAGCUCGAAUCAUGAUACGGAUCGUCAUAGUAGUGACAAUGAUUCAGAUUCGUGAAAGAUUCAUAUAGAUAUCUAUAUAUCUAUACUAUACAUACCAUAUGUUAUAUGUAUACGUAUUCUUCUAAAUUUAUAUAUUUGCGUAUUGUUGGAUU